UCCACGGUCCGUACCCCAUCCAACCGUUUCAUGUAUAUAAAAUCACACCCCCACAAAAGAAUUGAGAAAGAGAGAGAGAGAGAGCCCGAGACACACAGAAUACAUUUAACGCUUACGGCUUAAUUACCAUAGUACCGAGGUGUUCCUUUUUUCAGGCCAUGGCAGAGGAAUUUCAUUCCGGUGUUUGCGGGGGGAACUGGUGGAUGAGUACAUCGAGAAGCCCGUUCCCGGGGACCACAUCGCCGUGUUCCAUGGCACUUAAUGACACGGGGGGGUAUGCUUGGUCGGAUUUGGUGGACAUGAAGGGAGGAAGGUCGUCGGUGGCAUGUGAUGAGGAGACGAACUCAGUUUCUGACCAUAACUCCAUGGUUUUCCAAGAUGUGCAGAAGCCUCAGCAGGCUGAUUCAGCCAGUGGAAGCAGUAGCAUCUUGAUUGAUUCCACCUUGCAAAUGAUGGGUUUCGGCUUUUCAUCAUCCUCAACAACAUCAUCGGAUUGGAACCAAGCAGCUAAUUUGCUCCGGGGUAGUGGGAGAGCUGAGAGCAAUUAUAAUUCCAUGCUGCAAGAAGACAUGAAUUCAAGGUUGAAUUACCAAGAAGAAAGAGGGGUAGAUUCUUCACAAAUCCAAAAGAAUUGGAACCCCAAGAAUUUCUCUAGUGGAGGAGAUCAAGAUUUAUCCAUCACUGCAGCUUUUAAGUCUAUAAAUCAUCAGGACUUUUCUUUGGACACAGAGAGUAGCUCCGGCAAUUGUACAGUGACUUGCCAGGGAUUAUCCGCCGGCUUUCCGGUGGGUUCAAGUACUUCUUCUUAUGGGUACCCUUCAACAGUCUUACAAAGUUUAUUUGAUCAUCCUGACUCUCAACCACAGCAAUCUCUAUUCAACAAUCAGUCCAUGAACUAUUCUUCCGCCGCUAACUUUGGGACGAACACUAAUGAUCAUCAAUUAUUGCCUUCUUGGCCUAAGUUCUCUCCCUCUAUGCCGAAGCAGCAGCCUUGGGGGUUGCACUUCUCCAAUAAAACACACUUUUGGAAUGCUUCCACGGCGGCUCUAAGUGACAAUGCUCGAGCCGGAAUUUUUCCUUCAUCACAACCACAAUAUCUUCUCCAGCCAACAUUUGAAGAGAAACCCAAGUGCUCCAACCUCACCACAAAGACCAACAUUGAUGAUGUUCAAGACUCGGCUUCUGUGGUGAAGAAAAGCAACAGUGAACCUGUAUUCAAAAGGCCUAGAAUUGAAACCCCAUCGCCGUUACCAACUUUUAAGGUCCGGAAAGAGAAGCUAGGGGACCGAAUAACUGCACUCCAGCAACUGGUUUCACCUUUCGGAAAGACUGAUACAGCCUCCGUUCUCCACGAAGCUAUUGAAUACAUCAAGUUCCUCCAUGAUCAAGUCAGUGUUUUAAGCACUCCAUAUAUGAAAAAUGGAACUCAAAUUCAGCACCAGCAGGGUUCUGAGAAACUGCAGCAGGACACGGAAGGAGCAAAACAAGAUCUAAGAAGCCGAGGACUCUGUCUGGUUCCGAUUUCAAGCACAUAUCCUGUCGCAAACGAGACAACAGCUGAUUUUUGGACGCCGACAUUUGGAGGAACAUUCAGGUAGAGAAGAGAAAGGAGGCAAAAAUAUAUGUUCUAUAUACCAAACAAAAAAAUAGUAUAUAGUAAGAACAAGUUCAGCCAAGUUUUAGAGAUGAUAAUUUUAAAUUUUAGAAAAGAAAAAUUGGAAAACGUAGAAGCUACAAUUGAUGUGCUGUAGCAGUCAUGAGGAAAAGCUAAAAGGGUGAAAAGGAGAGAAAGAAGAUAAAGGGGAAGUGACCCUUCAAAGACGGGACGACAGGCAAUGCUGGGCCAGCUGCAGAGGCUAGCAAAUGAUUAGAAGCCUCUGGAAGAGAAUAUAGGCCAUGUUGUAGUAGUACUAUUAAUUAAUUAAUUAAUUACUUAAUUAUAAUUAGAUUUCAGGUGGGUUAGGAGCAGGAACAGCUGCUAAAUUCAGCGGAAGUUGACACUAGUUUAGACAUAAAUUGCUGUUGUUGUUGAUAAGAUCGAGCUGAAUUUAGCAGGAGGGGGGGCUUUAAAGGGCCUUUUGUUCCUGUUGUUGAAUGCCUAGUAGAGCUGGCACCACCUUUUAUUUUAUGUUAAAGAAGAAGAA